GACUGAAGAUAAUUCUUUUAGAUUUUGCGUCUACUUCACAUUUGUUUUGCUGGACUACUUUGCACCUAGGACCAUCAUACUAGUUCUGGAUCCGUUAGUACACGUAGAUCAUACAUAUGACAAUUGUAGAAGAUGAUGAAACCAUUUUCAUUACCUGCUAUUCCCCUCCUGCACGACGACUACACCGACCCCGACUAGCAACUUGCCUAUUUGAAGUGAAAAUCAUCAAUGACUGGGUACAAGAACAUGCCUUUUUUAUGUGAGUGGGUACACCAAUCAAUCAACUUAAGAUAUCAUGUCCUCGCAGCAGCAUCACCAGGCCUCGACCCACCAGGCAGCACAGGCCCAGACCCCCUCCAACAGCAACAAGAUGAGCAAUUCGCCUAGGCACUUCUCGAGGCCGCGUGGACCGACGGGUUACUUCCGUCAGCGGCCGAUCGUUACUGGGACACCCACGUUGUCACCUGCACAACCAUCUCCGAGUCCAAAACUGUCGUCUGGUGGAGCUGCAGAUGAGGAUGUCGUUCUACAAGAAGCAGGUUUAGUCGACACAGAUUUUGAUGGGAAUGAACCGGAGAGCCAUUUCUCGUCAAGAUAUCGAUACAGAUUCUGUUAUCUGAAUUUAUGGUCUUGGGCAAGCGAUAUUUGAAGAUGACUUGGCCUUGGAACAAUUUUUGAUCUAGAACUUCUAGUUCUUGAAGAGAAUUCUGUAUUCGAAAACUCAAAAUAAGCGAGCUACUGACUGAAGUAAGAGAGUCUUGACUACGUUUCUCUCCUUUCAGUAUCUCCCUUAUUUUCAAUAGUUACUCGGUUAUUUCAGUUUUUCGAAUAGAAGAGGCAGAGAACAACUUAGUUAUAUUUAUUGUGCCAGGUGCUAGCACAUCAAAGAGAUCAUCAUCAUCAUGGGAAGUAGUUUAUCCUGAAGAAAGUAGUUUUGUCCCUCUAAUCCUUCGUGCCGCGAAAAAGAAAGUGCUGUCGCAACUGCGAACGCAUCCGACUCAGGACAAAAAAGUGAAGUCGCUUCUCUAUUUUCUUUUGAAGACGAAUAUCGCUGAAUUACUGGAAAGAGAACGAGAACACGGAACUACUAGUUGUACUACUACUUCUAAUAGUACUACUGGCGCCAGCACUUCUAAUACUUCUAGCAGUUCAUCUGGUACAAGUAGAAUCACAUCAAUGGGUGUAGCUGCCAGCAUUUCGUUUCUCGGUGGGUACGAAAACACAUCUCUGAGGUUCCUGAAGCACCACAAUUGGCGACUUGCAAAAGCGAAAAGCGCAUUAUUGGAGACGUUGAAAUGGCGCGUCACAACUCUUCCAGACAUCUUGAUGAGACCCGUGAUCGAGCAAGCAAAUAAGCGGAAAGGGUCUGAACAGUAUCAGAAACUACUAGUGGGAGGUAGUUGUACGUCUGGUGGUACUGGAGGACGUGGACAAGGACAAGAAGAAGCAACUCCAUCCGACGAAAUGCCUGUAGCACGGGAACUUUUUGGUCGACGAGUCUUUCCGUUUCUGGGUAUUCCUUUUACAGAACCGACCGGAUAUGAAGGCUUCUACCCAUUGGUGGAAAAUGCUGAGAUGCUGACAGAUCAAAGCGAGCAAACCUACAUGCUACCAGUCAUCCCAGAAAUAGACGAAAACGGGUUUUUACCUCUGUCUAGGCAGAAAAGGAAACCCGCGCCGGCCGUAGUGGGGCCGCUUGGUGGUGGUAAUUAUAGUAAUAGGUUGAUGUCCGACUCCACCAAGCAGGACGAGCAGCAGGACCAACUACUCCAACAUGACGACUUCCGAGGAGGGCUACAGAACGCUACUGCAUCUUCAUCUAUUGCGACCUCGACUUCCCAAGGUCUUAGGUCGUCUUUUCAUCCACAGAACUUACAUUCAGAGGAAACGACAUCGACGACCUUCAAUAGAGGCAGUAGUGGAAGAUCAUCAGAAUUUUACAUAGAUGACCGGGAACUACUAAAAGCGGAUGCGGAUGCGUUUCAAGGCGAACCGAGAGAGGAAGCUCCGCCAGACCUGAUGCUUGACUUGGAGGAAAUCCUAGAUGGAUCGUCUCCACCUUCUACAUCAAAUAAUCCGCUUUAUUUAGGGGUAGCGGUAGCAGGGAAUAGCAAACUCGCGAGCUACUGUAGUGGGUCGACAUCAAGUCCAAAGUCCUCGCCAAAAACGGAGCAUGCGACUGGUAGAAGGAGUACAUGUGACGAAGGGGACGCAGAAAAAUCAAAGGUCGUAGAUGAAGAGGACUUCUUGACAGGAAGCACAACCCCAUCUAGAACCACGAGCACAGGUCUCCUUGAGGAAUCGCCCGCGCUUUCCUAUUCCCCUUCCAAACGACCGCGCAAAAGAAGUAGCUUCGUCGCGUGUCUCACUGCUUCAGGACGUCGUCUUUCUCGUAGCUCGAGCUUCCUUUACAACCAGCCUAAAAAAGACUCGUGGGCACAUGCUGUGGAGCACAAUGACGACGACAAGGGGGCCAAAGUAGAAGUAGAACGAAAUCAAAGACAAGAUCAAGAAGAGGCUCUUUUCGAUCGUCUAGAAGUCAUAGAUGCUGGUCUGAACACGACUAACAAGAGCGUGAAAGGAGCAACAGAAGAACACGUAGUGACUUCCAGCACAACAUCGAGUCCUCGAGGUAGUUAUGGAGUCGAUUCGGACCAUCUUUCCUUCGUAACUGCAUCUGAACUGGUAGAGAGAAGUGCCAGCAAAACGCGGAGUCAUCCUACUAGUCCUGCGAGGAGUUGUAGAAGUAGAGAAGAUCCUUCCAGAGAUGAAGAGCGGCCGCUUCAUCAAGAUCAAGAAGGUACUAUUAGUAACCAAGAAGUAAGAGUUGAGCUUCUAGAAGUACCUCAGAAGGACCAGGAGCAACAGCAACAGCAGCAGGAGACGAGCUGGGAUAACGAUCAGAAGACUCUACUUGUGAAUCCUUUGGAUCAGAUAUUGGGAGCAGGUGGAGGGGCUUCUGAUUCUGUAGACCAACAUCAGAACAAUAAACUGGUGGAGGAACAUCAAAGAACAAAGUCAACAACAUUUUCUACUUCAGCCAAGCAGGCAACAAAAGUGACACCCCAGCUUGUCGCUCUUGCCGCUUCUGGCCUAGUCCAAGAAUUUCCGAUUGCAACGCGGAAAAAACUCCCGCCAUCAGCAAUCAACAGAUCAUCGUCUUCUUCUGGAGGUACUGGGCUACUUUCAGCGGCAUCUUCUACUUGGUUCGGAAGAAGAAGCAACACCACGUCCUCGACGAGCUGCUCUAGUGAUCAAAAUCAUGGUGCAGCUACUUGUUCUAGUUCUUCAAGUGCUGGCUCGACUACGACCACAGGGUCAAGUAGUUCAUCUUCCGGGUCUGGAUCGACGACAGCUACUAGUAGAAAAAUGAACUCUGCUGGAUCAGGAUCCUCCACGUCAAAUAAUUUUACUAGUAGCUGCAACUCACUUUCAGCGCCAUCUACAACUUUUUCGGAGAAAGAGAUACAGUCUCUCCUCAGCUCUACCUGUUCCAGUUUUGGAGCUUCUGGAUCAUUUUUCAGCGAUUUGGUCAGACAACGACGUGUUUAUCUUACCUCCGAUGGAACACCAGUGGAAUGCUGGCAAAUUCGACACUUGGAUUUUGACGCCUUGUUUAACAACUUCACCCAUGCGGAAAUCGAAGCUUCGUAUGUGCAUUACAUGGAAGCGAAAGAGCGCGUCUGUCGAGCUUUCGGCGUCAGGAACUGUCUCCUGCUUUUAGACUGCAGCAACGUGAAGCUGAGUGUGAUCCCUGGUUGCAUGAAGCAUUUGGGGAAGUUCGCGCGUCUUUGCUUCAGUCUCGGAGAGCUCCACUACCCAGACGGCGUCAGCUGCUCCUGGAUUUUGUGCAUGCCCUACUUCGCCUCUGCACCGUUGAACCUGGUGUUUAGCUUUAUCUCCCAAUCAACGGCUGAAAGUGUGCGGAUGAGCAAACAGCACGUCCCUUUGGACCUGCAGAGGGAGAUGGGGAAAGCACACGCAGACCGCUUCACGUCAGCGCUGGAGAAACCCGGUGAACCAUCACCGAUUGAAGUGGAAAGAGCUGCGGCCCAACGGGCCUCAACUACGUCUACACAGCAGAAUGACAACAGGAAUCAUAGUAGCACGAACAGGAGCAAGACGUUGAUGAAAGGAGCAGACGAUGAAGAGGAGAGGCAGCAUGAGGAGAGAACGUCGACGUAG